UUGAGUGAAUAAUUAAAGUUACCUCAAUUAAAUGAAUUUCAUUGGAUUUCAUAAAACUAUUUCUGGCUCCGGUAAUCGAAGAAACAAACAAUAUUUUAUUCUGAUAUUAUAAAGACAAAUUGCUAUCAAAUGAUACUUUCAAUUUUCGUGGUCACGUUUAUAUGCGUGACGCUGAUUCUGGUACAAGAUGGAGCUGGAAACAACAUCCCGUUCAAUCCUGAGGUCUCCACACCUCUCGGUCGAAUUAAAGGAUCAUUCAUGACGUCACGGUUGAACAAAAAAAUCUAUGCUUUCCGAGGAAUCAGAUAUGCUGAACCACCGACCGGAGAUUUACGAUUCAAGGUAGCAAUACCAGUGAAACCUUGGAGCGGUGCUUUCGAUGCUUCCAAAGAAGGAACGUCGUGCUCCAGUGCCAUUAACGAAGAUUGCCUCCGUCUUAAUGUUUACACGACGAAAGUUCGUACGAAGAAAUUAAACUCGACGAAUCAGUUGAAAACGAAAAGACCGGUGAUAAUUUUCAUUCACUCGGGUGGUUUUUACACAUGCAGUGCACAAAGCCGUCUUUUUGGACCUCAAUAUUUACUGGAUCAUGACGUCGUUCUCGUCACCAUUAAUUUCCGUCUAGGACCAUUUGGUUUUCUAUCGACGGGUGAUUCAGUCUUUCCAGGGAACAUUGGUCUCAAAGACCAAGUCGCAACGUUUCGAUGGGUGAGAGACAAUAUCGCGGCCUUCGGAGGUGAUCCGAACUCCGUGACGCUGAUGGGUUACAACGCUGGUUCCCGGAGCAUUUCUCUGCACCUGGUAUCGCCAAUGUCAAGGGGGCUCUUUCACAGAGCUAUCUGCAUGAGUGGCUCGCUGACAAACCAAAAACCGUUGAGUCACCACGAAAUUGGAUACGCCAAGAAACUAGCUCGGUUACUAAAUUGUCCCGAUGAUACGAGCGAAAAAAUGGUCGAGUGUCUAAGAACAAUACCUCCGGACGCAAUAACAUAUACUUUUUCGCAUUUCCUGGACUGGCACCUAGAACCUGAAUCAGUCUGGUUGCCGGUUGUGGAACCCAAUAUUCCUGGACUUGAGAGAUUUCUAACCGAUCAACCCGCGAAUCUCAUUAGAAAAGGAAUGAUUCAACAAGUCCCUAUAUUGGCUGGGCUCACUAGGGACGAAUUUAGUGGGAUAACAAUGAUUGAAGUGCUUCGAGCGAAGCUAGGAGACUAUUCAAUGUUCCAAGAGCUCAACGAAAAUUGGGAUUACAUUGCUCCGAUAAGUUUUGAAUAUGAACGAAAUACUUCGAGAUCAAAGAUGAUCAGUCAAAAGUUGCGAGACUAUUAUUUCAAAGGAGAGCCGAUCAGUCUGAAAAAUGUGAAGGCUCACGGCCGGGGCUACGCCGACUCGAUCUCCGGUUUUCCCAUGUAUCGGUUCGUUCGCUUAGUCGCUGCAUUCUCGAAACAACCGGUUUAUUAUUAUCGAUUCGUCUACGAAGGAAAAUACGGUUUAAUUCAAUGGGUGAACACAGGAAAGCCUUAUGGUGUCUCGCACCUCGACGAUCUACAGUAUAUUCUUUACAUGACCGGGGUCCAUUAUUACGGGCCAGGAGAUCGAGAAUCCCCUGUCGUGGAUAUGAUGACCGCAAUGUGGGCAAAUUUUGCAAAAACCGGUCAACCCAUUCCCAAAAACGACAAAGCUUUCGAAGGCGUUACUUGGGAACCAUUUACACCUGAAAAUAACAGAUACAUGGAAAUUGAUAGUACUCUCACAAUGAAAACUGGUUUUAAUCUUGAGGCAAUGCACCUUUACGAGUCUCUUUUCCCACUGGAUCCUCUGCCUCGUUCAAACACAACCACUCCAGACGAUUAAAGAAAAUUCGUUAUGUCAAAAUAUUUGGAAAAACUACGAAUUUGGAGUUCUUCAGGAGGCAGACAAUUAAUUGAAUCAAAUAAUUAUCAAUACGAGGGACCAAUCCACGGGAAAUAUUAGCAGACCGGCCGAGUAUUGAACUUCAUUUUUCCGCCUAUUCAAAUUUUGACAUCUAUUUUUUUGACUGGCUUGAUGUACACGAAAUUUUUUGCUAUCAAAUUGUUUCUGUAUUCGUCAUAUUAUAGAAUAAACUACUUUCACUUUCCACAAAAAAUGAAUGAUACAGACAAUUUU